ACUUCUCUUCCAGAAGAUAGAAGAAGAACCACACACAGAAAGAAAGUAGAAGCGGGUGGGUGAGGGCGACCAUGGCGAUUCCCAUACCGUCGGCGCUGCUCAACUUCCUGUUUCCGCCGCCUCCUUCUCUCUUUGUUUCGGCCAUGUCGGCGAUAAGCUUCGUGUCGCUGGCACGCACUGGCUUUGACGAAAUCAAAGGAAAGCAUUUGCAGUAUUCCAAAUUCUGGAAUACAGAUUCCUCGAAGACGAAGAAGAAGAAGAUUCAGUUGUCCGGUAGAUCGGGGAUGCUUCUGCUCUAUACUCCGGCGUUUCUUGCCGGCGCUGCUUCUUUCUUCAUCUUCCCACAUGAGAGUCUCAGAACAACCUUCCUUCAAUCUGCUCUAACACUCCAUUUCUUCAAGAGGAUCUUGGAGGUUCUGUUUGUUCACAAAUAUAGUGGGACUAUGGUUCUUGAUUCUGUAAUGCUCAUUACGCUGAGUUAUUUCCUGUCCACUGCCACUAUGCUCUAUGCUCAGCACCUCACACUUGGCCUUCCAGAGCCAUCCAUUGAUCUGAAGAAUCUUGGGAUUGUGUUGUUUCUCAUUGGCAUUACUGGAAACUUCUAUCACCAUUACCUUCUUUCUAAAUUGAGAGUAAGUGGUGAAAAGGAAUAUAAGAUACCUGAGGGUGGUUUGUUUGGCCUGGUGGUGUGCCCUCACUAUCUUUUUGAGAUUAUUGGGUUUUAUGGGGUUUCCUUCAUUUCUCAGACUCUCUAUGCUUUCUCCUUCACUCUGGGCACAACUUUCUACUUGAUUGGAAGAAGUUGUGCAACUAGGGGAUGGUACUUAUCCAAGUUUGAAGAUUUCCCUCAACAUGUUAAGGCUAUUAUCCCUUUUGUUCUCUGAGCUUGAAGUAGUGUGUGCAUCAUGUAUACGACAAUAUUAGUUUACUUUCAGCAGAAUAAAAAAAAAAAAAACUAUGUUUCCUUUAAAUUUGAUUUCAUGUUAGUUUUGGUUUUGUACAAAGUGAUGUGGGAAUAAAUCUACUUUUUA